AUGCAGAAUACCUCUGCUGAUGCUAUGAUAAAACGACUAAAUAAAUGGUUUGCUAGGUUUGGAAUACCCAAGUACAGUGUGUCAGACAAAGGACCACAAUUCUUAUCAGGGGAAUUCCGUAGGUAUUGUGAUUUAAAUAACAUACGUCAUAUACGUUCGGCACCCUAUCAUCCAAAAACUAAUGGAUUAGCUGAAUGUACAGUACGAACUUUGAAAGGUCGGUAUUAUGCAACGAGAGAUUCAAUUAGCGAUCCCAAAGAAGCUAUGACACAGGAAAGAGAAUUUGAAAUCUCACAACCUAUAUGGUUAAAUAAUGAAAAUACCAAUGGUUGGAGAGAGGGAGUAAUUAAAGAAAGAAUAGGACUUUAUUCUUAUAUUGUUGAAUCUUCCGGGAAAACAUUACGGAAGCAUGCAGAUCAGUUAAGAAAUCGUUUAGUUAUCCCAAAUCAUGAAAGUUCUUUGGAAGUUACAGAAAUGGUUGUGCCAGUGAAUGAAGCAAAUACAAACACAAAUACAAAUACCACAUUACGUUGCUCAUCAAGAAACCAUAAACCUACAAAGAGAAUCGAACAUUCGAAAAACAAUAAAUAA